CUUAAAAAAUAUUUGAAUACUUUUACUCAAGUAUUUUACAAGACUGGCCGUAGUACAUGGUUUAGGAUUCUUUAUAGAGAAAACAACUUAACAUAAAAAUAAUUUUGGUAAAUGAUUUUUUUUUAGAUUUUUAGCAACCGGUGAUUCUUACCAAACAAUUUCCUUCAGUUUCUUAUUAGGUCAUUCUACUGUUCAAUCUAUUGUAUUAGAAGUUUGUGAAGCUAUUAUUUCAAAUAUGAAAGAAGAGACUAUGCCCACCCCUAAAAAAGAAGAUUGGGAACGAAUAGCCAAUGAAUUUUGGGAAAUAUGGAAUUUCCCGAAUUGCAUUGGCGCACUGGAUGGCAAGCACGUGGUAAUUGAAGCACCCCCUAAUAGAGGAACAUUGUACUUCAACUAUAAAAAAACAUUUUCCAUUGUAUUACUUGCACUAGUAGAUGCCCAGUAUAAUUUCAUUGCUGUGGAUAUUGGAGCCUAUGGGAAAAACAGCGAUGGUGGUAUUUUGUCACAUUCGAAUAUGGGAAAAGCUCUUGAAAAAAACAAAAUGAAUAUACCAAGUGAUCGUGAACUUCCUGGGACAAAUGAGAAACUUCCGUAUGUUAUUAUAGGUGAUGAGGCAUUCCCACUAAAAAAUUAUUUAUUAAGAAAUUACCCAAGUCGCCAAAUAUACGAAGACGAGCAAAAAAAAGUAUUCAACGAACGGCUUUCAAGGGCGAGAAAAGUUGUUGAAGAUGCUUUUGGACAAAUUACUGCUAAGUUCCGUAUUUACUGUAGACGUCUUAAAGCGUUACCUCAAAACGCAGAUAAAAUUGUUAUGACUACUUGCAUUCUUCAUAACUUUAUAAAAAAAGAUGGACCAGAAACUCAAAAUCAUGAACUGCCAUUAAAUUCGACAAGUUUACCUAGUCACAUAAGGUCAUUCCCUCGACAAGGAGGCAGUGCACAAAAACGCGCAUUCGAAUACCGAGAUAAAUAUAAAACAUUUUUUUGUUCUCCAAAUGGACAAAUUCAUUGGAAAUAAUUUUUUUAUAAAUUUAUACUGUAAUUUUAUUGUUUUGUUUCAUAAAUUACGUAAUUAUAUUAUUUAACAUUAGUUAGUUUAAGAAUUUAUUCUUUGUAAUAUUAUGAGUGAAAAACUUAAUAUUAUAUGAUUAUUCAUCAAUACCUAAAUAGUUGUGUUAUUAUUAUAUUAAAUUAUG